AUGGCAUGUGGAGUAGUCCCACCUUUCAUCAGUGAGAUCGCCUCACAACGAGUACGUGGUGCAGCCGGCGCUUCUUUUCAACUCGUUCUAACCAUUGGUAUUCUUGUUGCACAAUUUAUUGGCAUGCCUUUUAUUGCUGGAACAUGUCGCGGAUGGGGAUGGGGAUUGUCUAUUGUAUUUUUGCUACCAUUUUUCGGUCUCUUUCUUCUUAUCUUGUUACCAAACUCGCCUACACAAUUGAUUGCCAAGUAUAAUAAUGAAGAACAAGCCGAAAACGAUCUAAAACAUUUACGUGGAACAAAUGAUGUGCACGCCGAUCUUGAGACGAUUCGACAGCAGAUAAGAGAACAAAGUGGUUCUGGCGGAUCAGAAUCACUUUCGAUCCUUCAGAUAUUAAAAACACCUCGAUAUCGUUGGCCGAUGCUGACUACAGUCGUCCUUCAACUUUCACAAGCAAUGUCUGGUAUCAAUGCCGUUUUCUUUUAUUCUUCAAAGAUGUUCGAGAAAGCACGCAUCCCUAAUCAUCUUAUUCCUUAUGCUAAUCUUGGGACCGGUCUUAUUAAUGUGCUUGCCAGUAUUGCUUCUUUGUCGUUAAUUGAGAAAGCUGGUCGUCGAGCAGUGAUUGUCUAUCCAAUGGCCAUUAUGGCUAUUGUUUUUGGUUUGCUUGCUGUGAUUGUCGAACUCAACGAGCGACUGAAUAAUCCUAUACUAGGCCUGAUUUCUGUCUUACUGAUACUUAUUUUUAUUGUCUGCUUUGCGUUCGGUCUUGGCCCGAUCCCAUUUUUGUACGGUAGUGAAGUAUGUCGACCUGAAGCACGCGACGGUGUUCAAUCAUUGGGUUUGGUUAAUAAUUUCAUUGAUAAAAUGGAACGCAACGAAACAGAAUUUCAAUCACGAGGACAAAUUCUUGAUCAUUUUCAAGACAUAUCCAAUCUUGUUGUAAUGGGUGACAUAAAACGAAUUGCUCUUGUGGCUCACAAUAAUAAGAAGACCGAAUUGAUUGAAUGUCUUCGACAACAUCGUGACAUACUUGCUAAACAUAAAUUGUAUGGUACGGGUACGACUGGAUCAUUAGUCGAAAAAGAGCUUCAAAUACCUGUCACUAAAUUUGAAAGUGGUCCUUUAGGUGGUGAUCAGCAAUUAGGUGCAAAAAUUACUUCACGAGAACUUGAUAUUCUAAUUUUUUUUAUUGAUCCAUUGGAUUCUCAUCCUCAUACUGCCGAUGUGCAAGCGCUUCUUCGUUUAGCUCAAGUCUAUGGUAUUGUUUGUGCUACGACUGCUGCUAUGGUCGAUUUUUUACUCAGCUCACCAAAGAUGAAUGAACCUCAUGUACGAAAAAUACAAACAGGUCAAACAUUGAAACCAAAAUAA